GCUGCAGAAGGUCAACCUAUAGUUAGUAAAGUAAAUGAUGAUUGGGAAGAAGAGUAUGAAGAUGAAGAAUUAAUCCCUUAUGAAGCAUAUAACUUGGAAGCAGAACCUGUCAAUACAGAAGACUCAGGAUGGACUGUAUAUCAACGGAAAACUAGGCCUUCUCGCAAGAAAAAGCAAGGAU